CUGACCUGGCUUCUCAAUGUCUGGACGGCCGGCCCAUGUCUGUUCUUGCUCUCUCCCGUCUUCUGGGGAAAAUGGUGUCCUCCUUCGACAUCGUCCCCUGGUCCCGCUUACAUAGCAGGCGCCUCCAAUGGUUCCUUCUUCCCUUUCAGCGUUCUCUAUCUGUUUCCUCGUUGCGCAAAGUCUCCCUUCCUUCGAAGGUUUUGGACUCCCUAAAAUGGUGGUCUUCUUCGGCUAUUGCCAAUGGCACCCUGUUUCGAGAACCUCAUCGGUCUGUUCUUACUACUGAUGCGAGCCUUUCCGGCUGGGGGGCGCACUUAGAUUCCCAUAUGGUUCAGGGCCUUUGGACCGAAGCGGAGAAGGACUCCUCUAUUAAUUUUCUGGAAUUACGGGCGAUUUUUCUCGCCUUACGUCAUUUCCUUCCCCUUCUUCAGGGCAAGCACGUUCUUGUGUUAACCGAUAAUGUUUCCGCCAAGGCCCACGUUAACAGGCAGGGUGGCACCCGCUCUAGAUCCCUCUUUCACGAAUCCUUACAACUCGGCCUCUGGGCCGAGACUCACUUGGCCUCUCUGACGGCUUCUCACAUUUCUGGCAAGUCUAACGUUCAGGCUGAUUCUCUUAGUCGCAAUUGGGUGGACCAUUCUGAAUGGCAGCUUCACCCUGACCUCUUUCUGGACCUUUCUCACCGCUUUGGCCUUCCCGAGGUUGACUUGUUCGCUUCCCACUCCAACCAUCAGGUCCCUCGUUUCCUUUCCAGAUUCCCGUCCCCAGGAACAGAGGCGGUGGAUGCCCUUCGCUCUCCCUGGCCCUGGGGGGUGCUUCUUUAUGCCUUCCCCCCCCCUGCCUCUCAUCGCAAGGGUCCUCAGGAAACUCCUACAGGAGAAGUCGGAGCUGAUCCUCAUAGCUCCUCAUUGGCCUCGCCGGCCCUGGUUUUCGGACCUGGUCUCCCUGUCCACGGCCAGUCCAUGGCGAAUACCGGACGAGUGAAUUUGCCUUCUGCAGGGGGCUCUGGUCCACCCAGAGCCCCAGUGGCUACAGUUAACCGCCUGGAGACUGAGCGGGGAUUCUUGACGAGGGCCAAUAUCCCCCCUGCCGCCAUCAAAACCAUCCAGGCUGCGCGGCGCCCCUCCACCGCUCGUAUCUACGAGUCUACCUGGCGCUCCUUUUCAUCAUGGUGCUCGGCCCGCCAGGUUUGUCCGACUUCGCCCUCGGUUGAGCACGUCAUCGGUUUUCUCCAGGAAGGCUUCGACUCUGGCCUUGCCCCUUCUACCCUGAGGCGGCAAGUAGCGGCCUUGGCUUCCAUCUCCGCAUGUGCUUCUCUGACAACUGUUACCAAGGAUCCACUGAUCCGCCAAUUUCUGCGGGGCGCUUCCAACUUGAGCCCCCCGGUCAUUCACCGUUUCCCUACCUGGGAUCUCUCAAAGGUCUUGUCCUCUCUCACUCAAUCGCCCUUCGAACCUCUCCGGACGACUUCCCUGAAAUUUCUCUCCUUUAAAGUUUCGUUUUUGGUGGCGAUUACAUCCGCUCGUCGCAUUUCCGAACUGGCCGCCUUGUCGAUCCGACAAGACUUAAGUGUUUUCCAUCACGACAAGGUGGUCCUCCGUUUGGACCCCACGUUCCUUCCCAAAGUGAAUUCUGUAUACCAUUGAUCACAGGAGAUCGCCUUGCCCAAUUUUUGCCCUCGCCCGUCUCACCGGCUCGAGGAACAGUGGCACAAGCUCGACGUCCGUAGGGCUUUGCGGAUAUACCUUUCUCGUUCUGCCUCCUUUCGCAAAACCGAGGCUUUAUUCGUCUCGUUCCAACCUACCACGAUGGGGAUCAAGGUUUCUGCUCCGACCUUGGGCCGAUGGAUCCGGGCCACAAUUGCCUUCUCUUAUGAGUCACAGUCGCUUGCGGUCCCCAAUAGGGUGACUGCACAUUCCACCAGGAGUGCAGCCACCUCCGCAGCUUGGGCUACUCAAGCGUCCUUGGAAGAAGUCUGCAAAGCGGCGACUUGGUCUACCCCGACACCUUUUAUUAGACACUACCGUCUGGAUGCCUAUGCGUCGGCUGAUGCGGCGUUCGGCAGACGGGUCCUACAACGGGUCCAUGUUUCCUGAUCUGCGGCUCGCCCGAGUACUGCCCUCCCGUUGGACAUCAAGCUUUGGAGACACGCAACAGUCUGCAGUGAUUACCUCGCCGAUAAACUGAAGAGAGCAGCAGGAAGGGCGGGGCUAAACGUCAUUGCAGACCCGGU